AUGAGGACGUCAUUCGGGAAAAGAGGAGGGCACAUCAUCUCUACAGCUGGAACUUUGGCUCUAUCCCAGGUCGAUUAUAAAAGGAGAAGAUCCAUGGGAGCAGAAACCAACUUCGACUUCAACCCCUCGAAAUUACUUCUCCGCUUUAGAGUUUUACCUGCUCGCGGCACGGCAUGGAAACCUCCAUGGAUAUCCAAGACAUUCGAUUCCGAAACCAUCACCAGAGGCAGCUGGAACUUUGGCUCUAUCCACAAGUCGAUGUAUAAAAGGCGAAGAUCCAAGAGAGUAGAAAACAACUUCCACUGCAACCUCGUAAAAAUGUUGGCUUCAGAUUUCUACAUGUCCACUAGACAGCACGGCAAAGAAUCCUUACUGGAUACCCAAGGCAGUUGGCCAUUGUCAGUCCCGCCAAGAGCGUUGGUCAAGGAAGAAGAUCGAUCAUUGUUUGAAGCCACAGUGAAAGGUGAUUGGAAAAAAAUCAAGAAGAUCCUCAGUGUAAUCCCCACAGCAAUGACAGCUAAGAUAAUGACCAUAGGAAGUAAUCGCUUUACCAUGCUCGAAGUUGCGAUUAUGGCCACACGAGAUCAGUUGGUUGAGAAAUUGGUCAAGCAGUUCCCUCCAAAAUGUGAAGAUGCUACCAGUAAAGCCCUCUCCUAUGCGGCCCGGGGAGGAAGAAUGAGGAUAUUAAAGGCAUUAUUAGACAAAAUUGAUGCUGAAUCUAAAAUUAUUGAUGAUGCCCUAGAGUUGGCUACUGAAUCUGCUCCUAAUCAAAAGGAGGUUAUCUGGUACUUGGCUAGGCGUAUAACAUCCUGCCCAUCAGAUGAAAUCAUGGGCAAUCUUCUCCUGGCUGGCCAUUUGGUUGUCCCUGUAUGCUUGGUUGACACAACAUUUGAUGACUCCAAGAACACGAAGAUGGCUCGAGCACCUUUCAUCAAAAGGAGCGGAGAGUUGAAGUUCAGGCACCAUUGCUCGCUUGAAUUGGCAAAACUAACUCUUAUCGAGAUGAAGAAAACUAUGAAUACUACUGGAACGCUCGAGUCUCUAUGGUCUUCAGGUGUUGUCCUCGAUGCUGCAUCUCGCGGAGUCUCUGAAAUUGUGGAUUUAUGUCUUAAACAUUUUCCGGAGUUAAUAUGGGAUAUCGACUUUGCAAAAGAACUAAUAACAGAAAUUGUCAAGGGACGGCAUGUUGAGUUGUUUAGACUAGUGAACGCACACAACCCCAUUCGACAUUUAAAUGACGGCGAUCUCAUUGACCUAAUGAAGGCGGUGACCAAAUGGUCACCAAGAUGUGUGUCCCCUGAUGUUUCUGGAAAAGCUUUUCUUCUGCAGAGGGAACUUCAGUGGUUUCAAGUAGUAGAAGUUACCAACUUUCCUUCUUUGAAAUGGCUGAAAUUUCAAUUGCAUAGAAAAACGUACUGGGAAGUUUUUGUAGAACAACGCAAAGAGUUGCACAAGGAAGCAGGGCAAUGGAUGAAGGAUACAUCAUCAUCUUGUAGCCUUGUGGCGACUCUUAUCAUUACGGUAGCUUUCGCUGCAGCUUUUACUGUACCUGGAGGCAACGACAACAGUACGGGGAUCCCAAUAUUUCAAAAGAAUGUCUCGUUCAUAAUAUUUGCAGUUGCAGAUGCACUUGCUCUCCUUUGUUCUAUCACUGCCACGUUGAUGUUCUUGGCAAUCCUAACGUCACGCUACGCAAUUGAAGAUUUCCGCUACUCACUACCGAGAAAAAUGAUACUGGGCCUCACUUUUCUCUUCCUUUCUUUAGUGUCUAUGCUGGUGGCAUUCGGAUCUACUCUUAUGAUUGUCUUGAGUGAACGCUUGAAGUGGGUUUACAUCCCAAUUAUUUCGUUGGCUGCCUUCCCUGCCGUAUUGUUCGCAAUCCUACAGCUUCCCUUGUUCAUCGAAAUGGUCGAAUCCACCUAUCGGCCUCGCCUCUAUCGUCCCUUGAAGCUUUGGAAGUGA